AUGAAGUAUGCAGUGAACGCAUAUGGAUUCAUGACUGAGGACUACAAGAAAUACUCCAACUACUAUGUUGAGAAGAAUAUUAAAACCAAUACAUGUGCUGAGUCUCUGCGAAACUCUAAAGAUGAGAGCUUCAAGAAGGCUUUCCUUCCCAACAUACGUUUGUUUCUGCACAAAGACAGCAUCAACAUGAGCGAGUGGAACAGAAUAUCACAUUUUAAUAAUCCUUUUGGUUUUAUGGAGUACAAGUAUAACGAUGUGAUGACUUCGCUGAAGUUGAUCCCAAAGCCAAAAGAGCCACUGCUCCUUCCAAAGCCAGGCAGUGGCGGGUGUGUGAGAUGUGCUGUGGUGGCCACUGGUGGGAUCCUCAAUGGCUCUAAAAUGGGGAAAGAGAUCGAUGCUCACAAUUACGUUUUCCGGAUGAACGGUGCAGCCAUCAAAGGCUACGAGGAAGACGUAGGAAACAGAACAUCAGUGUACGUUCACACGGCCCACUCCAUCACUAUGUCGCCGUAUUUUUUCAAGAAGUACGGAUACACAUCUGCACCUCAUGAUGAGGGUAUAAAAUACGUGCUGAUUCCUGAGGGGAUGAGGGAUUUCAACUGGCUCCAGGGUCUUCUCAAAGGAGAAAGGAUCUCUGCUGGGUCAUAUCGCAACCAUCGGCCGUGGACGUUCUAUGGCGGGCAGUACAAUGAGAGCCGCUUCUAUGUUCUGCACCAGGAUUUCCUCAGAUACGUGCGGAACAGGUUCUUAAAGUCUCCUCAUCUGAAUGGUUCACACUGGGCGAUAGUCAGACCAACCAAUGGAGCAUUCACUCUUUUCCUGGCUCUGCACACCUGUGACACUGUGAACGCAUAUGGAUUCAUGACUGAGGACUACAAGAAAUACUCCAACUACUAUGUUGAGAAGAAUAUUAAAACCAAUGUCAUUUUCUACGCCAACCAUGACUACAUCCUGGAGAUGAAAUUGUGGAAGAAAUUACAUGACAGCAAAAUAAUGAGGCUAUAUCAAAGAACAGACUCAGAAACUGGGACAGAAAAGCUGAAACAACUCAGAUAAACUUAGGUCAUUUUACUUGUCUGUUUUUUAAACUGAUGCUAAUUGUUUACGCUCCUUGGAAGAGAUGAGGAAACUCAAACCCCGAGCCAAUGUAUGACAACAGUUUCUGUAACACUGUCCGGAUUAAGUAUGUGAUAAAUGGAUGCCUUGAUAUGUUUUUUUUCAGUCCUGGUCUGACAAAAUAUACUUAAUAAUUAUUUUAGGUUUGGACUGUUGGUUGGACAAAACACACAUUGUGGAUAUGUCACUUUGGGUAAUUGUAGCGGCAGUAGUAAAUAAAGGCCAGC